GGUCACCUCUUGUUGGCCAACAGAGACAGUCGGCCCUACUUUUGCUUCAUUCCUGAGAACCACUCAUACGAUAAGCCCAUUGACAACACCGCCGAUACAUGCCGUGAGACAGUGGCCGACAAUAGAUUGGCCACAAAUGGCAAUCCCGUUGUCAAUGAGACUGCCGUCCCGUCCGGAGCUGCUGGUGCUGUUGGUGUCCCUAAAGUGGUGGCCAAUGGUGUGGUUAAGACCCACUCGAAGGCUAAUGAGAGGCAACCAAAUGAUAUGAAGUCUAAUAUCGACAUGAGUUGUAUGGGUGACAACACCGCUGCCAUCACUGCCACCAAUAACAACACCAGUGCUCACAAACCCAUGGAUCUCACCGCCAAUACGAGCCAUAAAACAGUAGCCAAUGAUAAUAGUGUUAAUAAGACUACUGUCCCAUCGCUUAAGCCAAAUAACACGGGAACUGCUGGUGCUGUUGGUGUCGGCGCUAAACUGGUGGCCAAUGGUGUGGUUAAGAACCACUCGAGUCCAGUCAGCAAUAGUUUCGCACCGGUUGUCAAUAAGACAACUGUCCCCUCCUAUAAACCCAACACUACUUCAACAACAACUACCGGCGCUGUCGGCGCUAAACUCGUGACCAAUGGUGUGCUUAAGACUAAUGAGAGCUUAGCUAAGCGUAAGCCAAACAAACCAAAACCUAAACCCACGCACCGGGACAUUGUGUACGUAACGCCAGUCACCACAAUGGGUGACACCAGCAUCCACUCUAAGACUAUCACCACAACCGCCGCCACCAACGCUCACAAACCUGUUGACCUCACUGUCAGUGCUUCCCAUAAGACAGUGACCGGCAAUCGACUGGUUACUAAUGGUGUGCCACCGAUGGUCAACAUGACUACUGUUCCCUCCUAUAAGCCAAAUACCACGGGAACAGCUGCUGAUGCUGUCGGUGCCAAACUGGUUGCCAAUGGUGUGGUCACAAGUCAUGAGCUGCUGAUGAGACACCGCGAGUCUAUUGGUAACAAAGAGCUCAAUGAUAGGCUGAAGUGCUUUCUAUGCAACGGAUAUCUGGUUAACCCGACGAUCAUCAUAGACUGCGACCACUCGUUUUGCAAGUCAUGUCUAAUCAAACACUUGGAGUCCAAUACACCGAAGUCGAGGUACUGUCCCCGAUGUGAUCAACAGAUCAACAAAACUAAGCCUAAACUCAACCUCAAGAAUAAGCCCAAUAAGCCCAGGCAUAAUGUACAACACGCAUACGCCACGAGUAAAUUAAUCAGCACAAUGUCCGCCAUCACUGCCCACAAACCCAUUGACAUCACCGCCAAUACGUGCCAUAAGAUAGUGGGCAACAAUAGAUUGGCCACAAAUGGCAAUCCGAUUGCCAAUAAGACGGCCGUCCCCUCCCAUAAGCCAAACGCCACGGGAACAGCUGGUGUCGGUGUCCCUAAAGUAGUAGCCAAUGGUGUGGUUAAAAGUCACGCGAAAGCUCACGAGUUGUUGCUGAGACCCCGCGAGCCUAUUGUCGUCAAAGAGUUCAAUGAAUUGAUUCAAUGCUUUCUAUGCAAAGGAUAUCUGAUUGACGCCACGACUGUCAUCGAGUGUCUCCACUCAUUUUGCAAGACAUGUAUUAUAAAUCACUUGGAGUCCAAUACACCGAAGUCGCGGUUGUGUCCCCGAUGCGACUCACAGAUCCACAGAACUAAGCCUAAACUCUUCAUUAGAAGUGAUCCCACCCUUCAGGACAUUAUCUACAAACUGGUGCCCGGACUCUAUAAAAAUGAGAUGACGAGACGUAAAGAGUUCUACUCUAAAGAGACCGACAGUGAAACGGUGCGUCUGUCCAACGAGGAAAAGGGUGAGAUGUCAGGGGAACGGCUCAUAUUCACCCCGGAAGACCACAUCUACCUGUCCGUCGAGUACUUCCCGCAGUAUAUCUCGCAUUCACUGCAACCUUUUUCCAUGAAUCUAAGUAACGGUGCCCUGAAUUGCCUGAAAGUCCCCGAAGUAGUUCCUAAUGGUAGCGCUGACAGUGCUGCCAAUGGCGGCACCACUAGUGGUGGUAGUGGUAGCUCUGGCGAUGAUAGUCAGCGCCGGUACCUGAAGUGCGAGGGAGGUAUGCGUGUACUGCACCUCAAGAAGUGGUUGAAACUCAAGUACGACCUCAAAGACCACAACGAUAUCGAGGUUCUCUACAAACACGACCCCCUUCUGGACGACUAUACGAUGAUCGACUUGGCCUACAUUUACUCCUGGAGACGGAUAAUGGAACCGCCGAAGCACAAGAAGUCUAAGACUAAAACUACCAGCGCUUCCAAAGCCAUGGACACGACGGACAUGAGCGCCGGAGUGUUCAAAGCGCCGCCAAUGGUGACCAAACGGCGCCACACCGGCAAACACCGGCACAAACCCAACAAAAAGCGUAAACUAGGCAUCAAUGAGUCGCACCUGAUCACCACAAACCCAGUCAAUGAGCCCCUCCCGCCCGUGGACACGGAUCUACUCAAACAGGCGGUGGCGGCCGACCUGGAGCUCAUGGCAAACGCCGUGAGCAAGAGGUUGGAUAAAGCAAUGGCCAAUCGUAUGGUCUUGAGGCCACUCGUGUCCGUCCAGUCCACGCGAGUGGUUAAGCGCCGGUGUCUGCAGAUAUCAUACCCGUCCAAACACUCGCCAUAUAUAUAA